AUGCGAUACCCUCCCUUGACGGACCAGAUAUACAUCGACACUUUCAUCGAGGAGGUCAUCAAGGAUGCCGAAGCUGAGGUCACCAAGAUCGCGGCUGGGGAAGCCACCAAGUCCGCCGCCGAGGAGGCCGCCAAGGGGCCUGCUGGGGAGGCCAGCAAGGCUGCUGCUGGGGAAGCCGGCAAGGCUGCUGCCGAGGAGGCCGCCAAGGAGCCUGCUGGCGAGGGGGUGGCGGACGACCAACCUUCCUCCCCUGCAACACCCGCCCCGGGUAAGUACUUGAGGGUGGGAGAUGAUCUGUUCAUCCGCCUCCCAGGGAUGGCAAGCACCAGAGCGCCAGCCGAAGGGGAGGUCUUCAAUGAUGAGGCGCUUGCCACCGCCGGGCUCCAGGUUGUUGACGAACCGAGCGCCAGCGGUGAUAGUUCCCAAGAGGAGCAGCUCCUCCGGGCCAUGAGCGCCAAUUUCCAGAAGCUUCAAGCGCUCCACCGUGCCCACCAGGAUAAGGCGAUUGCCACCACGCUUCGCGUCAAGGAUGAGGAGAUCGAGAAGCUCGUCAUGCAGCAGACCCAGGAGCUGGAGCGGAAGCACAAGGAUGCACUAGAUGCUCUGGCCCUGGACCAAGCCGACAAGGUGGAGAAGCUGGAGCUGGAGCGAGAGGAGCUGAAGAAGGAGGUCUCAAAGCUGACGGAGGACAGGGACAGGGCUAACUGCACUCUGGCGGAUUUGCAGGUCACCAUCUCCGACAAGACCAAGCUGCUCUCCGAGGCCAACAAUUCCAUCAAUGAUCUGAAGCUGAAGCUGGACACCUUGGAAGAGACGCUUUCGGAGGUCAAGGCCCGUGAGGAGGCCCUGAACAAGGCCCUUGAGAGCGAGAGGCAGCUGCGGAAGGAUGACGCCGCUGCCCACAAGGACUAUGUGGACACCAUAAAUCUCCGGAUCGGCCGCCUCAUCGACGUUGCAGGGAAGCUCACCACGCAGCUAGCCGCCAUGGGCAUGCCGCACAUCAGGUACUCCCAGGAGGUGAACAUAAGCCCCAAUUCCAGGAUGACCUUGUUCUUCGAGCGCGUCCUCGACGCCCUGGAGCAGCUCCCCUCCAAUUGUGCGACUUAUCUGGCCAAUGAGCUAACAGAGGCUGAAGUUACUGAGGCUGUGAAGAAAAUACUGAAUGAAUCGGAGGCUGGCGAUGAUCCGUUCUGGAAGAAAAAGGCGCAGGAUAAACCAGCCAAGACACCUCGCCCCAAGACCAAGGACGACGCUGAAGGUAGCCAAGCUGAGGAUGCAGAGGGUACCCCUCAUUCAUCUUCUGGUGAAUCAACGGCCACACAACUCCCACCUCUUAAGACAGUGCAUGGCACCAGGCCUAGACCCAGCAAGAAGGCCCGAUUAAAUAAAUCGGUGGACGAUAAUGUAGUCAUUGAACCGGAGAAGACUCCAGAUCCAGUAGAAACAAAUACUGACGCUCUGCUUGAUGAUCCGCCACCACAAGAUUAUGACUUCGUUGUUGAACAAGUAGAAGUUGCUCCAUCAGGCCAGUCUGAAAAAACAACAAGCCCAGUCCGAGACACUGAUAAAUCGGCAAGUCCAGCUAAGGCUACUGAUAAACCGUCAACUCCAGUGAAGGCUGCUGGUGACAAGGAAGAUGACAUCAUGAUUACUGGCUUUGGCCACACUGAUCAUGGCAAUCCUGUAGCUUUAUCCAAGCAUAGUGCCAAGGAUGAACUUUCUGCUAUGGGCAAAGUCCCCCAGGGCCGGUUUAUCUUUUCCAGGGACUCGCAUUACCCACCUGGGUUCUGA